AUGCUAGCAGCUAAGAGCUACUUCACACAGGCUUGCAUCCUUGCUGCCUCUUGCCACCCUCCCUUGCCCUCCCAUCCUCCUCAUUGCCUUACCCUUCACAUUCAUGAAAAUGUGACACUUUCCAUCACCCCGCCUCAUUCUCCCGCUUUCCAUCACCCCACCCCAUUCUCCCGCUUUCCAUCACCCCGCCCCAUUCUCCUGCUUUCCAUCACCCCGCCCCAUUCUCCCGCUUUCCAUCACCCCGCCCCAUUCUCCCUCCUUCCAUCACCCCGCCCCAUUCUCCCUCCUUCCAUCACCCCGCCCCAUUCUCCCGCUUUCCAUCACCCCGCCCCAUUCUCCCGCUUUCCAUCACCCCGCCCCAUUCUCCCGCUUUCCAUCACCCCGCCCCAUUCUCCCUCCUUCCAUCACCCAGCCCCAUUCUCCCUCCUUCCAUCACCCCGCCCCAUUCUCCCGCUUUCCAUCACCCCGCCCCAUUCUCCCGCUUUCCAUCACCCCGCCCCAUUCUCCCUCCUCAUAUCACCCCGCCCCAUUCUCCCUCCUUCCAUCACCCCGCCCCAUUCUCCCGCUUUCCAUCACCCCGCCCCAUUCUCCCGCUUUCCAUCACCCCGCCCCAUUCUCCCGCUUUCCAUCACCCCGCCCCAUUCUCCUGCUGUCCAUCACCCCUCCCCAUUCUCCCGCUUUCCAUCACCCUGCCCCAUUCUCCCGCUUUCCAUCACCCCGCCCCAUUCUCCCUCUUUCCAUCACCCCGCCCCAUUCUCCCGCUUUCCAUCACCCCGCCCAAUUCCCCCGCUUUCCAUCACCCAGCCCUAUUCUCCCGCUUUCCAUCACCCCGCCCCAUUCUCCCUCCUUCCAUCACCCCGCCCCGUUCUCCCUCUUUCCAUCACCCCGCCCCAUUCUCCCGCUUUCCAUCACCCCGCCCCAUUCUCCCGCUUUCCAUCACCCCGCCCCAUUCUCCCGCUUUCCAUCACCCCGCCCCAUUCCCCCGCUUUCCAUCACCCCGCCCCAUUCUCCCGCUUUCAAUCACCCCGCCCCAUUCUCCCGCUUUCCAUCACCCCGCCCCAUUCUCGCGCUUUCCAUCACCCCGCCCCAUUCUCCCGCUUUCCAUCAUCCCGCCCCAUUCUCCCGCUUUCUAUCACCCCGCCCCAUUCUCCUGCUUUCCAUCACCCCGCCCCAUUCUCCCGCUAUCCAUCACCCCGCCCCAUUCUCCCUCCUUCCAUCACCCCGCCCCAUUCUCCCUCCUUCCAUCACCCUGCCCCAUUCUCCCGCUUGGAGGGAGAAUAG